CGGCGGCGCCAAUCAGAAUGUACCAAUUCACCGGUAUUUCCGGUGUGUCAGUUGGCAGGAAAGCAGAGUGUUGAAGUGUUUUAUUUGCUCGUUUGAGACGAUACAGAUAUUAUUUCAGUGCCGCCGUGAUGAAGAAGCAGGACAGUGAAGGGCCCGAGCAGCUGUGCGGGGGCAGUGGGGCUCAGCCCGGAGAAGGGGAAGGGGCGGCUCUGGAGCGCGCUGGCAGCCAGGAGUCUGCGGACAACCAGCAGCCUGACACUCCGCCUCCGGAGACGCAGGCCAAGAAUGGGGCGGUGUCCCGCGACGUGUCGGAGGAGCUGAGCCGGCAGCUGGAGGACAUCCUGAACACGUACUGCCAGGAGGACAGCGGGGAGGACGGGGCGCCGCCGGAGCCAGCAGAGGGCAGGAGCGAGUCGCCCCGCAAUGGCGAGCCCGACUUGGACUGCCUGGUGGUCAACGGCCUGGCGGAGAAGGAAGACGGCAAGACGGAGGAGCCCAAGCUCAACGGGGACGUCGCCGACAAAGACCAGAAGAAACCGCAGGAGAAGAAAAAGGUUAAGGGCCUCGGAAAGGAGAUCACGCUGCUGAUGCAGACCCUGAACACCCUCAGCACCCCAGAGGAGAAACUGGCUGCGCUCUGCAAGAAAUAUGCCGAGCUGCUGGAAGAACACAGGAACUCGCAGAAGCAGAUGAGAGCGCUGCAGAAGAAGCAAACCCAGCUGAUCCAGGAGAAGGACCACCUGAGGAACGAGCACAGCAAAGCCAUCCUGGCCCGCAGCAAGCUGGAGAGCCUGUGCCGGGAGCUGCAGAGGCACAACCGCACACUGAAGGAGGAUGGGAUGCAGCGCGCCCGCGUGGAGGAGGAGAAGAGGAAGGAGGUGACCUCGCACUUCCAGGUGACCCUGAACGACAUCCAGGUGCAGAUGGAGCAGCACAACGAGCGCAACGCCAGCCUGCGGCAGGAGAACAUGGAGCUGGCCGAGAAGCUGAAGAAGCUGAUCGAGCAGUACGAGCUGCGGGAGGAGCACAUCGACAAGGUGUUCAAGCACAAGGACCUGCAGCAGCAGCUGGUUGAUGCCAAACUGCAGCAAGCGCAGGAGCUCCUGAAGGAGUCCGAGGACAGGCAUCAGAGAGAGAAGGAUUUUCUUCUGAAAGAGGCAGUGGAGUCCCAGAGGAUGUGUGAACUGAUGAAGCAACAAGAGGUUCACCUUAAGCAACAGUUGUCACUGUACACUGAGAAAUUUGAAGAGUUCCAAAACACGCUCUCUAAAAGCAACGAAGUGUUCACAACAUUUAAGCAAGAGAUGGAAAAGAUGACGAAGAAGAUAAAGAAGCUGGAGAAAGAGACCACCAUGUACCGCUCCAGAUGGGAGAGCAGCAACAAGGCCCUGCUGGAGAUGGCUGAGGAGAAAACUCUGCGGGACAAAGAGUUCGAGAGCCUGCAGGUGAAAGUGCAGCGCCUGGAGAAGCUGUGCCGAGCCCUGCAGAUCGAGCGCAAUGAGCUGAGCAGGAAGGUGCAGAGCCUGAGCCAGCAGGGGGAGGCGCCCGCGCCGGCGGCGGACUGCGACGAAGGUAGCGGAGACUUCCCGGACAUCCCUGACCCAGGGACUCCUCCAGACCGCGCGCAGGCCUGCUCCGAUCCCUGUCAGUGCACUGCAGACACAGCCGUGGAGUCAAACGCACAGGCCUCCCAGGCAUAGCCCCACACUGCUGCACUCUCGGGUUUCCCACUGAACGCAUUUCCUGGUCUAGUAUUUGUGCAAUUUUGUUUUGGGUGAUACUAAUCUUUGAGGCUCGUACCUUAUCUGGCCAGGAAAGAUUAUUCCUUCACAAAAGAUCUUACUAUUAUUUUUUAUAUAUAUAGUGCAUACUGUAUACACACAUUCCUUGCAGACACAAACAUUGGGUGACAAUGCUGCCUUUGUAAAAAAAAAAAACAUGGAGCAUAGCAUUUAACACGCCUUUGCAGUGAGGUUUUCCAUCACGUUCCUGUUGCUCCAGCGCUAACGUUUUCCCCUUAUUAGGAACAGAAUGCCUUCCUGCUCCAAAUGCAUCUCUUCAUGGUCUUUGUCAUUUUAGUUUAAGCAAAUCUUGGGCUUCAGCAAAGUGUUCUCAGAUACCUGACGACAUUAGCUCAGCACGCCAGCUGAAGGCACCCUGAGUGCUACAGUCAGAACUAUAAAUCUUCUGCCUUAAUGUGUUUCCUCAAAGGUGCAUGGUGUGGUUUGGGGUUUAAUGGAAGUUUUUCUUUUUUACAAAGAAUCACAGAUAUCUCUGGGGCAGGACCCAUAACCUCGAUAAGUCAGGGUUCUUGAGGGACUUCAACAGUUCUUGAAACUCGGUGAGGAUUUUCAGAUUCAGGGAACUAUCAGCAUAUCAUUGAAACGUGUGAAAUAAUAUCACAGACUUUAAAAAGACCAUUCUGUUUUUUACUUUUUGUUUUUAAAAACACUUAGGUUUUUCAUAUAAUCAGCCCCGCAGAGCUCCUGGCCCUGGGCUUCAGCUGUGUUUUCAGAAUGUCCCCUUUCGUAAGACUAGUUUUACUUCUGGAACAACACUGCAGUCGCAUUCAUGAAGAUCUCGUGGGGAUUAUCCUUAUUAAUAUUAUUUAUAUGAUUUCAGUAGAGUUUUGGAAUAUGUAUUACUACCUUUAAAAUUGUGGUAUACUUUUUGGUGUACUCCCACUACUGUUUCAGAAGAACAUUAGCAACAUUCCAGAGUAGCAAGACAGAAUAGAAACUAAUUUUUAUAGUUCAAAUAAAGAGUUUAAAGCUUUUAGGAAAAACUCCUGCAGGAAGAAGCAGUGAAACUAUUAGGUUUAACAAGUUCACAAUUCCAGUGUUUUUAACUGACUUGCUCUAAAUGGUUCUAUGGGGCUUUGGGGGAGUCACAGAUGCUUGUGAAUGACAGUAACUAACUAUCACUGCUCAGGCCACUUCUUGAAUGUUCAUUGGCUAAUCUUGAAUGUGGAACUCCUUGUUUUUAAUCAUUUUCCUUGAUUGCAGAAAAUGUUAACAAGGUGUGCCAGGAAGGAGAAUUGUUAACCUUUGGUUAUAUCGUUUUCAUGCCAUGCUGACCCAAGCAGAUAGCUAAUAAGAUCUGCCCCUGCUAAUCUUUACCUUUUCUCAAAUUUUGUACUCUUUUUGUUAAGACUCACGUUUCAGGUUGGACACAAUAAAAAGGAAGAGAAACACA